GUCAUACAGGAGUUUGGCGCGCGGGACGAUCCAAGACAAACGUCUGCUGAAGCUAACCGCAGCUGUUUUCCUACUUAGACAGUGUUUCAGACUUUAUUUCACUAAUUUAUUAAGAAAGUACCAUCAUGUGGAAUCAGGGUAAGUGUAAUGUUUACACUGUAGUGUGGGAAUAUCGCAUUGUUUACAUCGCUUGACCACGGCUAUCAUUAGCUUCGUCGUUGUGUUUGUGUGCUGUGCUGUCAUUGUUGUCAUGAGCUGGAAAUACUGAGGUUUUGGAAAUGAGAAUUUUAUAUUCUAGUGUCAGCUGUCAUGGUGUUGUUUUGUGCUUUUAGGAGGAAACACGAGCACAGUCGGAGGUUACACACAGUCUCCAGGAGGUUUCGCAUCACCUUCUCUUUCCCAGGGAGGAGAGAAGAAAGGGGUCUGUACUCAAACCUUACACCACUAAACUACACAGACUGUUUAAAUUACAUUUCUGGGGCUACAAUGAUCCAUUUAAAUCAAUAUAUGACCAAGGAGGUUGUGUUUUAAUUCAUAUGUGCUAUUUUGAUGCACUCAAUCAUAAACUUAUCUUCUUUCUCCAUACGUGUGUGUGUGUGUGUGUGUGUGCGCGCGCACGUGUUCAUUUUGCAGAGAGCUCGUUCCAACCAGAUCAUCCCCUGCACAGUGUCUCAGCUGAUAUCUGCAUCUCAGGUCGACGAGGGCUUCAAAGUAGGAGAUGUCGAAGUUGCCCAGGUAAAUUAAAGCAAACCUGUGAACACUGACCUACAUAUAUAUAUAUAUAUAUAUUAUGGCAUGUAUGUGUAUCUGUGUAUUAGGGAUGUAACGAUAUGAAAAUCUAACAUCACGAUUACUGUGACCAAAAUUAUCACGGUUCUCAAUAUUAUCACGGUAUUGUUGAAAUAUGUUCACUUAUACACGCCCUGAAAUCAUUCAACAAAGUUUUAUUUUGAAAAAACAAUCAAAAUAACACGCAGAAUGAACUUGUCCUUAACCUUAAAUAACAGAGGAGUGAUAAAGAUGUGGCCUUAAAAGAGCCAGAGGUAAUCAACACUAGUACUAGUAAUAACAAAGUACAAAGUAAUGUGCCAGUGGCAUAAACAUUAAGAUAAUAACAAAUCAAUUAAAUUCAAAUUAAAUGACAUUCCUUAUUGUGCAAAUUGUAAGAAUCUUCAGUGCUCAGAAAGAUCUACUCUAACAAAUAUAUAACAGAGCAACACUACUAUAUGAACCAAACAACCACAUGUAAACAAAUGUGAAGUGCAGGUGUUUAAAAUAACAUAAAAUAUGUAAACAAAUCAAAUGAACCACACAAAUUGUCUGUUUUCUCCACCAUAAGGUGCUGCUGCUGACUUUGUUCACUACUUGGGAUUGAAAUGUAAAAAUGUCAGCAUAUUUACUUUCCUGGUUUGAGUUGUGAUCUGCGAGGGGAAACGAUGUGCCCGCUGGCACUGAAUAGCCUCUUGAUCGCACGCUGGUUGCUGCGAUGCACAAAACCUUCCUGGCAACCCUUUGCAGAAGCUAAAAAAUACACCCAGACUUUGGACUUUGUUUUCUUUGACAGCAGAAAAAUCUCUGCAACAGGGUCGGCAGAACUGCCCUCCGCCAAGUUUACAAGUUGUAUCUUGUAAACUUGUGAAUUUUUCAGCAAUUUUGCUGUGAUGGAUGUAACAUCAGUUUUAAUCCAGAAUGAAAAGCUGUGGGACAUUUGGGGUAUUUGUUUUUGAAAAACUCUGAUGACCAGCCACUCCUUAUUUUCUGAACUGGAAGUAAUUCAUGAGGCACUUUGAUGCCAUAACUUUAAAUGAAGCAGAGCAUUUGUAUGUUGUAUUUGUAUGUUAUAACAUUUAGGUGAAACUUACUGUUAAUUAUAAUGAGUAAUAGAAAAACUGAGAACAAACCUGUUACUUGCAUUGAUUAACAACUCCUAAUAAAGACAGAGAUGCAGUGUUUGAUACCACACAUACUUACCAAAACCAUGUCAGUCAAAAGAUGAUACACACUCUGUACUAACUUUUUUUGUAAUAACUUUGUUCAUUCAGAAUUCAGAAUUUUUUAUUUAUUUUUCCAAAGGCAACGAUUAUUGGUGUCAUCAGAAGCACAGACAAAUCCGCGACCAACAUCCUGUACAAGGUGGAUGACAUGACAGGCGCUCCGAUGGACGUGAGGCAAUGGGUGGACAUAGAGGUAAGUGAGGGUGCCUCUUAACACAGUCAAGUGUUCACACUUUUAUAGAAGUGCUAAGUUGUGUCAGGUUUCCUGUGUAGCUGAUGGUGUUUUGUGGUGCAAAAGUUACGAACAUGACUUCUAUCAGCUAUUUUUGUUGAGCAAUUAUUUUUGCCUCUUAGCUUGAACUUAAUCAUUAGAUGUAGUUUGGGGUUUUGUAUACGUAACAAAGAUCAGCAGUGGAAGUUAGUACCAAGUAACAUCACAUUGAUAUUAUAAAGGGAAUAUAAACGAACAGUGCACGUGUAAAACCACAGAAAUUAGUGUGAUGUGAGAUCAAGAAGAAAUGUGUCUUCUAAUUCUACAUAAGCGUCUCACAAAUUUAACCAUGCAAAUGUAAUAUUGUGGUUUGUUUAGGACGCCAAUGUGGACAACAAUGUCCUGCCUCCAGGCACAUACGUCAAAGUCUCUGGUAACCUGCGCUUCUUUCAGGUGAGUUAUAUUUUCUUUUGUCUUCUCUGUACCCACAAAAAUGUGCUUAACUAACUGACCCUUUUGAAAUUUGAAGUCUUGGUAGAUAUGAGAUUAUGUCAUUCAUGUUUUAUAUUCCACAAGUGUUUUGAUUCUUGUCAUUUUAAACACACAAGAAUAACUUUACCAUGAGGAUGGUAUAUGUAUGACUUGCACUGUUUAGUCUUUCUGAGGCAGUGGAUGAGUAUCUUUUAAAUUCCUCUCUCAACAGAACCACAAAUCCAUGGUGGCAUUCAAUGUCAGGGUCCUGGAGGACAUGAACGAAAUCACCUCACACAUGCUAGAGGUUGUGCAAGCUCACAUGGUGCUCAACAAAGCUCAGUCCGUGGUAAGAUAUGUCGAAACAUCAGCAGCAUUGAUUGCUGAGAGAUGUGUCUUUUAAGAAUUUAUUAAUGAAAUAAGUCGUAGAAUAAACUUGAAAGCACUUUUAAGAGAUUUAUGAGCACAAACACAUCACUGUAAAGUUUAGUAUUAGAUUUGUGUUGGACAAAUGUCAUGUGGAGUUGGUCAUAUGCAGCCUUUUCCAUUUAAGGAGCAACUUGCAGGUUAAUUUUUAUGGCAUUAAUACAAUUUGGACUGAAAAUAGCAGCUGAAAAAGUUGAUGAAUGUUUUUGUAUAUUUAGACGACAUGAGCGUACAUAUUUAGAAGAGAAAGCAGAUGUUUUCUGUUGAAAGAGACAACUUUUUUUUACAUAAUGACUUACCAGACAUCACGUUUUUCCUGCCACAAGCUGUUGCGCUAUUUAAUAACCCAAAUCAGACAGUCAGACAGGGACUCACAUCUGUCUGCUGUAUAGUCAAUUUUUAAAACUCCUACCACGCCCAUCUGUAUAUUUUGCAUUUCAUAUUUAUUACUCAUUUCAAUAGGCCACGUUCUUCAUAUCUCACUUUUUUCUCUUAGGAUGUUUAGUAUAUUUAGUCUGUAUUUAUUGUAUAUGUUUAGUAUUUUUAGUCUGCAUUGUACAUACUUCUUAUAUUUAUUUUUAUCUAUCUAUCUAUCUAUCUAUCUAUCUAUCUAUCUAUCUAUCUAUCUAUCUAUCUAUCUAUCUAUCUAUCUAUCUAUCUAUGACUCUGCCUACGCUCAGUACAAAAUGAUAGGAGACUGAAACCACAGUCUGACUUAUGGGCACAAAAACAGAUAAAACAAUACUUGAGAUAAAGCAUUACUUGCCUGACUCCCUGACGCCACACCACAUCUAUUUGUCUUUCACACUGUAGUUACAUAAGUUUGGCAAAAAUCACCUGUCAAGUUUCUGUGGUGUUUUUAUUUCAUCAAUUUCAUCUAAUAAAAACGUAGUUUUUCAAACAUUAAUUCAUGGGGGUUUCCAACUCGCAAGUUGCACUGAAAGUGACACAUUUUAGUUUAGCACGUUUUGCAAAGAGUUGAUAUUUUUGGAUGCUCUUGUGGUGUUACCAAGAAACAAGUGUUGAUGUGGUCUUUUUCCAUUUCUCUUUCAGCCGUCAGUAGGAGGAGGAAUGGGCAGUAACAUCACACCCAUGUCCAGGCCGGACAUGGGAGGCAUGGGUGGGAGCUAUGCAGGUGCUAUGGAUAUGGUUAACAAUGGGUUAAGCGGAAACCAGAAUCAGGUAAACAAUAUUAAAAAUUCAGAUGGAACAGAAAAAUGUCCAUUUUGCAAACUCACACCAAGCAAGUAACAUUGUUAAUGUGUCUUACUUCCUUUUUUUGUGCAACUGUAAUGAACAAAAGAAACAAAAACUCACACAAGAUUUAAACACACACCUCUGUAAGAAGUCGUUUCUGUAUUUGCAGCUUUACACAAAGUGCAUUUGUGAAUAUGUCAACCCAUGUUUCUCUUAAAAGGUGCUGAGUUUGAUAAAGGGCUGUCCAGACCCGCAGGGCAUCAGCAUCCAGGAGCUGAAGCAGAGACUGGGCGGCAUGAGCAUGCCUGUCAUCAAGUAAGACCAAUUCAAACUAAUGCUCUUCUCAGCUGAACCAGUGGUGUCAGUAACUAGCCCUGUUUACAUGGGUCCAAAAAUCCUAUUUACAAUCAGAUUCAAAGUGUCUCAUGUAAACACCUUAGCCAAUCUGAUUCACCCAGAUCUGAUUGUAUUUCGGGUCGGAUUGUAAGAGGUAGUCUACACCGAUUGAUAAUCCGCUCCAUGCUCAAUAAAUACGGCUGAGUGGAGUGGAUUGGGUUUACAGAGAGGCUUGUUCGGUCUGCGCAGGCGCUCCGUAGUACGUAAGAGGCACGUAGUGACGUACGCAGAGCGCGCCCAAACGAAAACAAACAUGGCGAACUGCUGUGACUUCAGAGCCACAAAUAAAUGUAACCACAACACAAUAAGCGUCCCCAACAAAACACGACGCGGAUCCAUCUUUCUACAGGUAAACAGGAAGCAGGAAGUGCACCUCUUCUUCUCUUACACAUUUGCAGGGAGUGGCAGAGUGACCUUCUACGCAUGUCAAAAAAAAAACAAAAAAAAAGCAAUACAGUUGGAUUCAGCUGGGGCCAUGCAAACGCAGAUUGAAUGUGGAUCUCUUUACUUAAAGUUCAUGUAUACAGAUGGAAUCAGAUUCACUUAAUCCGAUUGAUUUCAAUCAGAUUGAGGAAAACUAGAUCUAGAUGCAGUGAAUUCAUUAUGUCAGUCAGAUUGGCAUUUCUCCAAAGUUACAAUUUCACUUCAGUGUCAUUUCUGGUUCACAUGUGACUCUUAGUCACCUUGGUAACAUGACCUGGCUUGAUCACAGAUGUCAUGGGGAAGCAGUUUUUUUAUAUCAUAGAGUUCUCUGUUGAAAAGUUCAUGACUUAUCAGUUACAGGCACAGUGGAUUUAUAACUAACUUCGUUUUUUAAGGGAAGCUUCUUUAUCUCAAGAGAAAUAAAACAAUAAUUAACCCGGUAACCCACAUUCAUUUGAGCUCACUUUUCAGUUAAAAGACAUUUACAUGUUAUUGCUUUCACCUGUCUCUCAUCUCACCUCUCAUUUAAAAACUGCCAGUAUGUCCUAUCUAUGCAAAGCACUCUCUGACAUCUGUGCCCAUAAAAAGUGCUUUAAGUUAAAUGUCUUGUAAAAGUGUAACCUGUGUAUCUAAUGCUGAAUGAAUUUAGUAGAAAAGAGCGUGAAGUGGGUUAUAGCAGCUCCUCAUACUGAACUUCCUCUUCAGUUUCUCUCACAUCGUCUUUUUUUUUGUUUUAUGACAGCUACAGUUCAUAGUCAGACACCUUUAAACUUGCAUCAACCACUUGGUAGUACUAAAAAAAACAAGUUGUUGAUCAAAUCGUCUACAUAUAAUGUUCACUUAUUCAACAGAUUUCAACUCUUAAAAUCAAAAUGUGCCAAAAAAAACAUCUCUUUUUUUGUCUUACAGGCAAGCAGUGGAAUUCCUCAGCAAUGAGGGGCACAUAUUUUCAACCAUCGACGAUGACCACUUCAAAUCAACAGACAGCGAUGACUAACACCUCCAUCAUAGCACUUCUGGUGUCACUUUUUUUGUACCGAACAGAACAGGUUUUGUGGUAUGAGGCCACAGCCAUUUCAGAUAGUUUGUGGUUAAUAUAAUCUUAAAAAUAAAAUAAAAAAAGACCCACAUGGUUUAGCAUGGGGGAGGCCAUGCUCUGUAUAUUCCUAAAGCUGCUUCUGCUGCUUUGCAAGUCCAAGUGGUUUCGGUGUAGAAUGAAACUGUUCUAAACAGUAGAUAUUCCAACUUUGCAGUUCCUCUCCUUCUAUUAAAAAUGUUUUGUAAUUUUAAAAACACUGAAACAUAAGCCGUUUAUUAUUGUCUUUGUAUCUUCUAGAAUUAAAGGAUUAUUAACUGUCUG